GCCAAGGCGCAGGAUUAGGAUGUACCAGAGGGAGCAGGGCAGGUUCACAGCCGAGGGAACCUUGUGGCUUUAAGGGAGGUGGUGGGAGAUGUUGUUUGUCCUCCUGGCUGAGAACACAACAGAUGUCUAAUCGUGAAUACUGCCCUGGAGUUUGUGUUUAUGUCUUUUCUCUAGUGCUGUCUCUCCUCCCUGUGCUAGAAGCCAGGCCUUCCCAUCCUGUAGAGGGACAAUCAGUGACCCUGACCUGCAAGACCCAACUCCAUGAACAGGGGCCCUCUGUCAAAUUCUGCUUCUCCAGUAAUGUCAAGUUUCUGGGGUCAGGCUGCCGCAGCUCCCCAAAGCUUCAGAUUCCUGCCAUAUGGAAAGAAGACCCAGAGUCAUAUUGGUGCAGGACAACUCAACAAGGCAGCAAAUGGAGCCUGCCAACCAACAUACACGUGCAGAGAAUCCCGGUCUCUGAUGUGAGCUUGAAGACGUGGCCCGCGGGGGGAUGGGUGAUGGAGGGUAACAAGCUGGUCCUCAUUUGCUCCGUUGCUAAGGGCACUGGAAAGAUAACUUACAUCUGGUACAGAGGGGCCCUGGGUUUAAACCUGGGAACGAAGAUACAGCGUUCACUAACAGCAGAGUUUGAGAUCACUGGAGCUAAGGCAAGUGACGCUGAGCAGUAUUACUGUGCAGCUGACAACGGCUACGGCCCUGUUCUCAGUGAGCUGGUGGGCGUCACUGUCAGAGUUCCAGUGUCUCGUCCUGUUCUUACCUUUGGCAACUAUGGAACCCAGGCUGUGCUGGGGGGCCUGGUGGAGCUUCACUGUGAGGCCCUGCGAGGCUCUCCCCCAAUCUUCUACCAGUUUUAUCAUGAGAACGUGGUUCUGGGGAACAGUUCAGCGCCCUCAGGAGGAGGAACAUCCUUCAACUUCUCCCUCACCGUAGCACAUUCUGGAAACUUCUCCUGUGAGGCCAGCAAUGGCCAGGGUGCCCAGCGCAGUGAAGUGAUGAUGCUCAAUGUGACAGGUAUUUGUCAGGUUUGGGGACUCCCAAGUGAGAACGGAAACAGUCCUCUCACCGCAGGAGUCACUGACUGGCUGCUUGGCAGUCUUGGCUGUCUUGGCCUCAGCACCAUGGCCCUAAUAUUUUGCUACUGGCUCAGGAGAAAAAUGGGAAGACCAUCGGAUGAUCCACUCAGGAGCCCUCCUAGGCCUGUACUCCAAGAAUCCAACUACCUCAACUCACCUGACGCAGAGCAGCCACAGCCGGUGUAUGAGAAUGUGACUGUUGCACGCGGCGAUGAAGUGUAUUCCCUGGUGUACCAUACAGAGCAGGAGCUGGAACCAGCAGCGGCUCAGCGCUUGAGGACACACGGGACAAACGAGGUAAGCAAAGUGUCCUUUGAAAUCUAUUCUAAGCCAAGGAAGAUAAACAUGGCAGAUGUGGACUAUGAAGACGCUAUGUAAAAUUAUGUGAACAGCAACUGUGAAGUGCUGCGAGAAAGCCUA